GGCGAGUCUGUUUCCGGCCGGAGAUGUGAGUGUCGCACCCCACAAGCAGCGAGGACCGACACAGUCCAUUGUGUAAAGUUGUUGCGUUCGGUUCUUUUUCGUUUAAUUUUAUAAAGGUUUUAUGUGCAGUUAGAUUUAACAGUCUGUUGUUAAAUCAUCGACGCCAGUUUUUAAGGACAAACAUUUUAUUUACAAUUAAAGCCAUGGCAUCAGACUCGUGGGCUCAGGCCGUCGAUGAACAAGAAGCUGCGGCGGAGUCGAUAGGCAGCUUGCAAAUAAAUGAAAAAGAUGACCAGCUGAAAGCUGCAGCAAAUGGUGCAAAAACUGAAGGCAACGCAGAGAAAACGGAGGACGAGGAUAAAGAUGACAAGGCGGCACAGUCUCUGCUGAACAAACUGAUCCGCAGUAAUCUGGUGGACACGAGCAGUCAAGUGGAGGUCCUUCAGAGGGACCCGAGCUCUCCGCUGUACUCCGUCAAGUCAUUCGAGGAGCUGCGACUGAAGCCUCCGCUGCUGCAGGGAGUGUAUGCCAUGGGUUUCAACAGGCCCUCUAAAAUCCAGGAGACCGCAUUGCCCAUGAUGCUCGCAGAACCUCCACAGAAUCUGAUCGCUCAGUCUCAGUCAGGCACGGGUAAAACUGCUGCUUUUGUGCUGGCCAUGUUGAGUCACGUGGACCCUGAAAACAAAUGGCCUCAGUGUCUGUGUGUGUCCCCCACAUACGAGCUCGCCCUCCAGACAGGCAAGGUCAUCGAGCAGAUGGGCAAAUUCUACCCUGAAGUCCAACUGGUGUAUGCCAUCAGAGGAAACAAAUUGGAGCGGGGGACGCGGUUACAGGAACAGAUCGUGAUCGGCACUCCUGGUACUGUCAUGGAUUGGUGCCAGAAGCUUAAAUUCAUCGACCCCAGGAAGAUCAAGGUGUUCGUCCUGGAUGAAGCGGAUGUCAUGAUCGCCACACAGGGCCAUCAAGACCAGAGCAUUCGGAUCCAGAGGAUGCUUCCUAAAACUUGCCAGAUGCUGCUGUUCUCGGCCACAUUUGAAGACACCGUGUGGAACUUCGCAAAGCGGAUCGUUCCCGACCCCAACAUCAUUAAACUGAAGCGCGAGGAGGAAACCCUGGACACCAUCAAGCAGUACUACGUCAUCUGCAACAGCAAGGAGGAGAAAUUCCAGGCUUUGUGCAACAUUUAUGGAGCCAUUACUAUCGCACAGGCUAUGAUCUUCUGCCACACCAGGAAAACCGCGGGGUGGCUGGCAGGAGAGCUGUCCAGAGAAGGCCACCAGGUGGCGCUCCUCAGUGGAGAGAUGCAGGUGGAACAGAGGGCAGCGGUCAUCGAACGUUUCCGUGAUGGCAAGGAGAAAGUUCUGGUUACCACUAAUGUCUGUGCUAGAGGUAUUGAUGUGGAGCAAGUUUCAGUCGUUAUCAACUUUGAUCUGCCAGUGGACAAGGAUGGAAACCCUGACAAUGAGACGUAUUUGCAUAGAAUCGGGCGUACUGGGCGAUUCGGCAAGAGGGGGUUGGCCAUCAACAUGGUGGACAGCAGGUUUAGCAUGAACAUCCUCAACCGCAUCCAGGAGCACUUCAAUAAGAAAAUCGAGAAGCUGGACACCGAUGAUUUGGAUGAAAUUGAGAAAAUCGCCAACUGAGCGGCUGUCUUCGUUCUUCUAAUAGGACUGUGCUCGCGCUAGGUUUUAGAUCAGAGGCUGGAAGCAGAGCUGUGCCGGAGAGGAUGUUUACAUGUGGAGCAGUUUUAUCUCAGAUGGAGUUUUUAUAGGUUUUGCUUAAACGCAUUUCACUCUUUGUACUUCUUAAUAAAUUUUGUUUUAACGUCA